AUGCCUGGACACCUGUUUGGCGUUGACGGGUUGCGGUUGUACUACCAAAACGUCAGAGGACUAAGGACGAAAAUCGAGGACGUGUACUUGACUGCAGCUGACGGUGACUACGAUAUUUACGUUCUGACAGAAACUUGGCUUGAUGAUCGCAUUACAUCUGUGCAGCUCUUCGGGGAUGGUUACACGGUUUAUCGUGCGGAUCGAUGCGAUAGUAACAACAUUCACGGUCGCGGCGGAGGAGUUUUGAUAGCUGUUUCUUCCGCACUUGUCUCCUGUGAAUUUGGUGUAGAUAGUUCAUCAUGCAUCGAAGCUGUUUGGACGAAGAUUACCACAUCGAUGAAGUGCUACUUUAUUUGCGCUGUUUACAUCCCUCCUGAAAAACGUCUUGACUGCAAUAUUAUGCAGCUCCAUCUAGACUCUAUAGAAUGCAUUUCUUCUCAGGAAAAUGCAAACGAUGCGAUGAUAGUGCUUGGUGAUUUCAACCAACCAGGACUUAUGUGGGUAGCCUCUGAGCGUGGUUACGCUUACCCUAGCCCGUCAUCCUCGACAACUAAUCCUGCCAGCCGUUUACUACUGGACGGGAUGGCUUUCCACGGACUAAAUCAAGUAAACACGAUCUCCAACCACCAAUCUCGUUUUCUGGACCUCGUCUUCGUAAAUGGGAUUGCUCUGCCUGUGUGUUCUGUGAGUGAAGCUUCUAAUGUGAUUGUUCCUUUGGAUAACUACCAUCCCGCUUUAGAAAUAACAAUUUCUACCAGCAGCACCCUGCAAUACGAAGAAGCAUUAGUUGCGGAUCGUCGUAAUUUUCGCAAAACUAAUCUAGCUACAUUGCGCCGCUCCCUAUUGUUGAUCGACUGGAGUGUACUACUUGAUCAUGUGGAUGUAGAUGCUGCAGUUGACCUUUACAACCGACUACUGCUUGACUGUGUUCAAAUAUCCGUGCCUAAAUGCCAACCUCCUAGGAAGCCUCCAUGGUCUAACGCCAUGCUUCGGAAUCUGAAACGUACUCGUGCCAAAGCUCUUCGAGCGUACACUAAUCGACGGUGUCCUUUUCUCAAGCGCUUCUUUGCAAUAGCCAGUAAUGAGUAUCGUAGUUACAAUAAACUGCUGUACAAACGAUAUGUGAACCGCAUUCAACAAAACUUACGAAGAAAUCCGAAAGGCUUUUGGUCUUUCGUUAACACGAAAAGAAAAGAAACUGGCCUCCCAUCUAAGAUGGUUUACAAUGACGAGAUAGCGACUACGACUGCGGCAAAAUGCUCACUAUUUGCCAGUUACUUCUCGGGUGUUUUCACGACUGAUGUGCCAUCUGUAAUCGAGAUCGAAAAUGCGGUUCGUGAUGUUCCUGUUGACGCUGUGGAUAUGGAUCUUAAAUUUCCUAAUGAAUGGAAGUGUUCGGUGAUGUUCCCAGUGUUCAAAAAUGGUGACAAAUCCAAUAUCGAAAACUACCGUGGUAUUACUUCAUUGCGAGUCGAGUCGAAGGUUUUCGAAUCGCUCAUCAACGAGGCGCUGUGUUCAGCUUGA